AUGAUCCAGAAGAAGCUGGUAGAGAUCCUGCCUAAGGAUGGAAUAAAUCCUCAUGCUGCUCUUGCUGUUGCCUGUGGCUCUGCUGCAGCAGUUGUGGUAUGGAAAUGGGUGGCACGCAAAAGGAUCCUGGCGAAGAUGGAGGAGGCCAGACGAUGGCGAGAUGACAGCUUGGAGCAAAUGGAAAAAGUGGUUUGGAAGUUUAAACAGAAGAACUCUGGAGUCCAGUCAGAAUUUAUUCUCUCCCUCUCGCUUAUGGAACUGGCAGAGAAACUUAGAGACGAGUCUCUUUCUCCAGAGAGUGUCCUGUAUACCUAUGUAAAGAAGGCUCUUGAAGUGACCCGGGAGGUGAACUGUGUGACAGAUUUUAUUCAUGGAUGUGAAGAACAGCUUCAGGAAGUAAAGAAGCAAAAGGAGAAGGGUUUGCUGUAUGGGAUUCCCGUCAGUAUUAAGGACCACAUUGGAUGCAAGGGCCACAUCUCCACAGCUGGCUUGGUGCAGUUUCUUGGCAACGUGGAGGACAACGACAGCGUGAUAGUGAAAGUUUUGAAGAAACAGGGGGCAAUACCAUUUGUGAAAACCAACACUUCCCAGAGCAUGAUCAAUAUUGACUGCAGCAACUUAAUCUUUGGUCAGACAGCCAACCCCCUGAACCAUAAGAAAAGCCCUGGUGGUUCCUCCGGAGGGGAAGGGGCACUUCUUGCAGGAGGAGGAUCCAUCUUGGGCUUUGGAACAGAUGUUGCUGGAAGCAUUCGUGUGCCAUCGAGCUUCUGUGGGCUUUGCGGACUCAAACCAACAGGCAGCCGGCUGAGCACUCUUGGUCUUGUUGGCCCUAUUGGUGGCAUGAAAUCGGUUAUAGCAACAAUUGGUCCAAUGGCAAGAGAUGUGGACAGCCUGGCUCUGUGCAUGAAGGCUCUCCUAUGUGAUGAGUUAUUCCAUCUUGAUCCUUCAGUACCACCUAUGCCAUUCAAAGAUGAGAUUUACAGCAGUUCAAAACCCUUACGAAUUGGAUACUAUGAAGAUGAUGGCUAUUUCCAGCCAUGUCCCAGCAUGAAGAGGGCUGUUCGAGAAACCAAAAAUCUUCUUCAGAUAACAGGGCAUACACUCAUCCCCUUUGUUCCUCCUCGGCUUAACUAUGUGGUUGAUGAGCUCUUCAGCAGAGGCCUCUUUUCUGAUGGAGCUGCAAAUUUACUGGACAAGUUCAAAGGAGACAUUGUUGAUCCCAAUUUGAAAUCCCAAAUUAAUUGUUAUCGUCUUCCCAGCCUGGUGAAGAGAAUUUUGGCAUUCCUCUUAAAGCCUGUGUACCCUCGGAUUGCCAGAGAUCUCAAUGCGCUAUGUGGAGUUGGGUCAGCAAAAAACCUAUGGAAGCACCAUGUGGCAGUGGCGACUUAUCGUGAAGAAUUCCUUGCCAAAUGGAGGAAGCUGAAACUGGAUGUCAUCCUUUGCCCUACUUUGGGCCCAGCUUUUAAUGAAGGCUAUCCCGGGAAACUCUUUGCUGCUACAUCCUAUACUAAUUUAUACAACGUCCUGAACUUUCCUGCUGGGAUUGUGCCAGUCACCACUGUUACCCAGGAUGAUGAAGAAGAGCUUAAACAUUACAGAGGACAUUAUGGUGACCCUUGGGAUAAACGUCUAAAAGAGGCUGUCAAAGAUGCUGUUGGGCUCCCUGUGGCUGUCCAGUGUGUAGCAUUGUCUUGGCAGGAGGAGCUGUGCCUUCGGUUCAUGAAGGAGGUGGAGACUGUUGUCCAUGAGAGGAGAACCCAAAAAUGAUCAGUCACAACUCACUAU